AUGGCUUCAGCGUUCACCUUGAAGACUAUCUUAUAUUUUUUGUCCAUCUGCAUGGCCCUGGGAAGACCUCCUUUUCCACUUAACUCAGGGGAAUUGAGCUUUCCAUCUUCUGGAUUAAACAGACACUCUCCAAAGCUUAAGGUUCCUCCUUAUAUGAUGCAUCUUUACCAAACCCUCAUGGAUCAGCGAAAAGACCUUCACAGGCCAGAAAAUCAAAUCCUGGAAGAGUCCGACACUGUCCAGAGCCUUCCUGCUAAAAGUUGUACUGUGGAAGAUAAUCGCUGGUCAGUGAGUUUUGACCUCACAUCUAUCUCCAAAGGGGAUGAUCUAAGAUUGGUUGAGCUUCGAGUUCUUCUCCCACCAUUUGAAACUCCCGCCACAAUCACUAUGGAGAUCUUCCACACUGAAAAUGGACAGGAUGGAGUGUUCUUGGGGUCAAUCAUGAAAAGCAUGACAGUGAGUCACCAUUCUGCCUGGAAAAGCUUCAACGUGACCGAUCUGAUGGGACAGUAUCUUCACUGGGGCAAUAAACUUGCCAAUAAUAAAGACACACAUGCUAGAGGAAAUGCUCACAGCGUUGCAGUAUCUCAUUCUGGAAAUCCCAAAACGCUAAUUAACAAAUCUCUUCAGAAGAGAUCCACAAAUCAAGCAAUCAUUGUAUUUUUCAGUAAGGACAGGCCUCUUUCCAAGCCAGAGUCUCCAGGCCUGAUCAAGAAAUUGUCAGAAAGCUCUCCAAAGAUGGCUGGGUUCCAGAGACAAAGACAAAACAGAAACAGGCAAAUAAUUACUCCAUUCAUCACUCAUGACAUGCCAGAAGAAGAGCAAGGACCUUCAUGUAGAAAGGUUGACAUGAUGGUAGAUUUCAAGGAGCUUGGAUGGGACGAUUGGGUUGUCUAUCCCAAAAAAUACAACGCCUACCGGUGUGAAGGAAGCUGCCAUACCCCACUAAAGGGCCCCGCCACGACAACAAUCUAUAACUACGUUAAGAGUUUCAUCAAUCUAAAGGAAGGGGAGAAAGUUGAAUGUUCCUCAUGUGUGCCAGUAAAGAUGCAGCCCUUGUACAUGCUAUCCCAUGAAGAUUUCAACCUUGUUUUAAGACACCAUGAUGACAUGAUCAUUGAAGAAUGUGGGGCUCUUUGA